AUGCGACGUCAUUCCGGACAGCGGCCAUUCACGUGUGAUAUUUGUGGGAAAGCAUUCACAACCAAGGGAAACAUGCAGGCCCACGUUGCACGUGCUCACACAGACGAGACACCAUGUGCAUGGCCCACAUGCGCAAAGGUUUUUAAAGAGAAAAAGAGUCUUCAGAUACAUGAGAGAAUUCACACAGGGGAAAAACCAUACAGCUGCUCCAAAUGUCACCAGGCUUUCACCCAGCUUGGGACGCUAAAGGAACACAUAUUGAUCAAUGCCGGCCUCAAACCCCACUUUUGUGACCUAUGUGGCCUGGAAUUCAGGUGUAAGUAA